CUAACCGAGCCACACUGAUCCGGCAACAAAGGCUGCUCCAUAUAUUUCAAAGUCUGAACAAAGCAUCAGCUCAAUAGUAUGGCCUUGGACGGGAGGGCCUUGCCGCCUCCGGCGAUCGGCCGCGUUCCCGACGUCGAGGCGGCGAGGCCGUGGCCAGGGGACAGCGCCGGUGGUUCGUCUACCGAGGGAGGUGACAUGCUGGUGCAAGGGAGGGCCAUGGCGAUGGACGUGCCGCUGCUGUGGAACGACGAGGGGAGGAUGAAGCGGGAGCUAGUCGCAUGGGCCAAGGCCGUGGCGUACAUGGCCAUCAGGGAGUCGAUGCGGUGCUAGCUAAGAUGUACACCGUACAAGCGCGAGGCAACCGGGGCGCCAUGGAAGCUGCUUCCUCUGCUUUGUGCAUAUGCCAGCUGCACCCAGCAGUAGGCUAGAUUUUGUUUUGUUUUCUGAAUCUUCUUUUUCACGGAGCGACCCCCGUAAUCUUUUGUAGUAUCACCAUUCGGUGGAUUGUUCGGCUUGGACAUAUUUUUGGCUUUUCUCAGAUGAUGAAGGAUUGUUGAUGCUACAGUUGGAUGCUACGCUCCCUUA